UGCAUACCAUACACGAGAGGAAGCAUUAAAAGCUAAUAGAAAGCCACCACAUCUUAAUGAAAUCCGAAGACUUAGACGAAAUGCAGAUAUAGCAAAUUUUAAUAAAAUAAAAUUUCCAGCAACACUACAUGAUAUUGAUAAAUUCGAAGAAAUCAAUCUUAACUAUGCUAUUAAUAUAUUUAGGCCAGUAUAUAAAGAAGUGUUCGGAAAAAUAAAAGUAGAUAUAGACCCAUUACAUAUCUCUGAAAGAAAUUAUCAAGUCGAACAUAUGAUAGAUUUAUUAUAUUUAACAGAAGGUGAGGAAAGUUUAAAUGACCGAAAAAAUCCUAACGAUAUACCUGAAGAACUUAGAACACAUUAUGUACUUAUAACAGAUUUUACUCGAUUAAUGCGUAAGUGGAAUAACCAUCAUGGAAAAAAAUACUUUUGCCGAAAAUGCUUACGAUUUCCAUAUAGUAGAUUAGAUUUAUUACAAGAACAUAUUCUUACAUGUCCAGGUCCAAAUAAAGCUUCGCAACGAUUAAUACUUCCUGAAGAGGCGGAACAAAUAGCAGUAUCAUAUGGAUAUACAAUACAUUGUUCAGAUGGAACAACACAAAAGCCAGUAAUUAAUCGAGAAUCAGAAAAUAUAAUAAAAGACUUAAUGGAAAAUCUCCAAGAAGAUCUAGAUGUUAUUUUAGAUAAGCUCUGUGAUCCACUUCUAUGUGAAAAAAUGACGCCAAAAUUAUGGAGGCAGUAUCAAAUGGCAAGUAAGUGUUGGAUAUGUGAAGAAAAAUUACACGAAUCAGGAUACAAUAAAAUUCGGGUAUUCGAUCCUGAAACUAAAAAAUAUUUGGGUGCUUCACAUAAGAAAUGUUACGGGAAAAAGCCAAUGAUUCAAGGUAAGUUAGAUGAUGAACAAAAGAAAACACAUAAUGCGUGUAAAAAAUGUAUGUAUUGUAAAACUCAAUUGCCUGACGAAGGAAAAAAUAAGGUACUAGAUCAUGAUCAUAUAACAGGAAAGUUUCGUGGAGCAUCACACAGUAGUUGCAAUCUUAAAUUACGAAUUGAUCCAGAAACAAUAAAAAUUCCAGUAUUAUUUUGCAAUGGAAGUGGCUACGAUUUUCAUCAUCUAAUGCAAGAAAUAGCAAAAGUGACGGAUGAAAAAAUAGUACCUAUAGCAAACAAUUCUGAACAAUAUAUCACUUUCUCAGUUGGCCAGCUUCAAUUUAUUGAUAGUUUAAAAUUUUCGUUACCUGGUUUAGCUAAGAUGGCAGAAAACUUACGUGAUGAAAAGAAGGGCCAAACUAAAACACCAGAACAACUAGCAAAAUGUUUUCCAUUUAUGUCGAAAUUCAUCUCACCUCAUUUAUUAUCAUUGCUUACGCGUAAAGGAAUAUUUCCAUAUCAAUGGUUAAAUAGCAAAACGAAAUUUAAUGAGACACAACUACCUUCACGUAAGGAUUUUAAUAGUGAUUUAGAUGGGUUUAAUUACUGUGAUCAUAAUUGUAGAAUAGAAAAAUGUGAGCAUGGAGAGAAGAUAGGGAAAUGCAAACAUAAAUGUCAGAAAUGUAAGCAUAAAAAAGAACCAGGUAAUUGCAAUGAAUGUGAAGAAAAUAAAGAAUGUGAACACGAAAAAAUUUAUACCAUAUCUCAAAAGGAUUAUGAUUUUGCACAUAUGGUCUGGCGAGAAACAGAAUGCAAGACUUUUGGAGAUUACCACGAUAUCUAUCUUAAAACUGAUGUAUUGAUUUUAGCAGAUGCAUUCGAAGCAUUCAGAAAAGCAUCUUAUUCAGCAUUCAAGCUUGAUCCAGCAAAUUAUUUAAUGGCACCAGGUUUAGCAUGGGAUGCAUGUAUGAAGGUAACUAAAGUAACAUUAGAAUUAUUUAAUGAGCAUCAAGGGGAUAUGCAUGAUUUCUUUACAGCUAUGAAGAGAGGGGGAAUGUCUUUGGCUAGACGACGUAUAGCUAGAGCAAAUAUUCCAGGGUUAGAGGGAUAUGAUGGAAAAAAAGCGAAAAAGUGGCUUUUGUAUCUAGAUGCAAAUAAUCUGUAUGGUUGGGCAAUGAGUCAAUAUUUACCAACCGGAGGAUUCAAAUGGCUAUCAACAAAACCCAUCGAAGCGACUUCCCCAUUAGUGCAGAAAAUUUUAUCAUUAAAAGAAAAAUCAAAUCGAGGAUGUUGUUUAGAGGUUAAGUUAUCGAUUCCAAAAGAAUUACACCCCAAAUUUCGAGAUUAUCCAAUGUGUCCAGAACGAAAAAAAGUACCAUAUGAUUGGUAUAGUUUGAAACAAAAAGAAUGGUUAGGAAAUCAAUGUCCCGAUACAGAAAAACUUAUACUAACUCUAUAUGAUAAAGACCAUUACGUUAUUCAUUAUAGAAAUCUACAGCAGUGUAUAAGAGAAGGGUAUGUUCUCGAAAAAGUAUACCGAAUUCUAGAAUUCGAUCAAUCCCCAUGGCAGGAACCCUAUAUAGCAAUGAAUACUCAACGACGUGCAAAAGCAAAAAAUGCAUUCGAAAAAGACUUUUGGAAAUUAAUGAAUAAUUCGGUAUUUGGGAAAACUAUGGAGGAUGUGAGAAAGCGAGUGAAUAUAGAUCUGGUUCGACAGGUAGGUGAAGAACGUAGACUACAUCGAUUAAUAUCGGAUCCAGCAUUUGUUAGUCGGAAAAUUUUCUAUGGAGCAAAUUUAGUGGCAGUGCAUCGAAGGCAAACUAAUGUAAAACUAAAUAAGCCAGAAUAUGUGGGGGCAUGUAUUCUUGAUCUUUCCAAAUAUUUUAUGUAUAAUUUCUGGUAUGGAUAUCUCAAAAAGAAAUAUGGAGAUCGAGUAAGGCUUUUAUAUACAGAUACAGAUUCUUUAAUAAUAGAAAUUGAAACCGAAAAUAUUUAUCAGGACAUGAUAGACGAUUGUGAUUUAUUUGAUUUUAGCGAUUAUCCUAAAGACCAUUGGGUAGUAAAAAAUUUACCUGAAUAUCAAUGGAUACUUAAUGAUGAAGGUGAGCGUGUCUUAAAAAAUACUAAAGUUAUAGGUAAGUGGAAGGAUGAGAAUGGAGGAGAUCAAGCUAUUGGCUAUGCAGGAGUUCGUGCGAAAUGCUAUAGUGUUGUGUGUGAAAAUUCUCGAAAAAAUAUGAUUAAGGCUAAAGGUCUUAAAAAGUCUCUCAUCAAGAAAGAGCUUUCACAUAAAAUAUUCGAGGACUGUGUUUUAGAAGGAAAAGAGGAUCAACCACGAACCGCUCAAUUCCUCCGAAGUUACAGACAUCGAAUGUACAGAAUAAGGCAAACAAAGAGAAGUGUUAACCCAUUUGAUUCAAAAUUGUGGAUAGCUCAAGAUAAUGUAACGACAUAUUUAUAUGGGGAUUGUGAAAUUCUGGAAGAAUAA